AUGGCCAAGGAAGCUUCUCUAUGCCUCUUGUUCCUCUCUUUUUUCAUUAUCUGCUGUUCGGGUACUGUGGUGGGUUUUUCAUUUCGGGAGAGAGGAGACACUGCAUUUUCAACAUCUGCUGGAACCACAUUCCUCAAGAAAAACAAGAUCUCUCAAUCUCAGAUUCGAUUCUUUGUAACAGAUCAUAAGAUUUUGAGCACUCUGACUAACUCCGAUGUGUCAGUUGAUUUAUUCUUAAAUAAAAUCCGGGUUGAAAAUCUUGUUUCUUCAAAAUCAUCUGGAGUUUCAUGGCUAAAUGCUCAUCUUGUAAACAUUCUUCCACAAGUACACAUCAGAAGCAUCAUUGUCAGUUGUGGCAGGGAGUGCUUAGGCCAAAAUGAGACAACUUUACUUUUAUCUAUUCUGGAAUCAAUGCAUUCAAUUCUCAGCAAGCAUCAAAUAAGCAGGGAAGUAAAAGUCUCAGUAGCAUUUCCACUGUCAUUCUUAGAGAAUUUGAAUGCAUCAUAUGAAAAUGAUCUCCUAAGGAUUCUUUGGUUUAUGAAGAAAAUAAAUUCAUUUAUCAUGAUGGAAGACAGCAUGGAUGGGGAAUUAAGCAUGGGGGAUCACUUUGUUCAGUCUGUUAUUAAACGAGCCACACUUGCUGCUUCUAUUCUUCCAUGCAAAGAUGUUCCCGUGGUUCUGACAAUCAAGGGCUCAGUUAUUCCAAGUUCAAUGGAAUUAGCUCAAUUUAGUGAGGCAGUAUCCAAAUAUAUUGAAGCAAGAUCUCAUAUCACAAAAAGGAUAGUUGCAUUAUAUGUAGAAGUACACACCACCGAAUAUUUUGUACAGAAUGAGCUCAAAAUAGAAGAGGAAGAGAUAUUUCCUUUGUCCUACAGAGAAAACCUAAGCAAAGUCCAUAUCAGAAGAACUCUAGAUGAAACAAACAACUCACCCCCCAUAAAUCCAACGUCAGAUACACCAGUUGUCACACCUCCAGAUACACCAACCAUCAUCGCAGUUCCUUCCACCAAUCCUGUCACAGUUUCUCCCACCAAUCCAGCUGCAACACCUAUGACAGUUCCUUCUACCACACCUGUUUCUUCAACCCCAACAAAUCCAACCAAUUCCCCAGUACCUGUCACCAAUCCGGUUACAACUCCCAUUACAGUUCCAGGGGCACAACCUGUGACUUCUUAUCCACCCCCAUCAGGAAGUGUUCCUGUGACGACUCCUCCCCCAAACACAACUGCUCAAGCCAUUCCGGGGCAGAGCUGGUGUGUGGCAAAGACUGGAGUUCCAGAAACUACUCUACAAUCAGCACUGGACUAUGCUUGUGGAAUGGCAGGUGUAGAUUGUUCACAAAUACAGCAAGGUGGGAAUUGUUACAAUCCAAAUUCCAUCCAAAACCAUGCUUCUUUUGCCUUCAACAGCUACUACCAAAAGAAUCCUGCUCCAACAAGCUGUGACUUUGGAGGGGCUGCCACUAUAGUUAACACCAAUCCGAGCUCGGGUUCUUGCAUUUACCCAUCAUCAUCAUCUUCAGGAGCAGGCACAUCCGGGUAAGUGAAAGGCUAGGCUUUCAUUGCUGCAAGAAUUCUUUGGUACCAUUAAGCCUUGAAGAUACUAAUCAUGGUCCUUUAUAAUACCAUAUUUUGCAGCUCUGGUAUCUCACCUUCAGUUAUUGGGUCCCAAAGCCCUCCUCCUGAUUUAAGU